AUGUCGGCGCUGAUCUCGACUACCGAAAAGGUUCAGCUUAAAGGACUUCGCCAGCGUCUCAACGGUCUGGUGCUUGGGGCCCUGUUGCCUAGGACACAUCAGUACAUGACGUACCAAGGCUCACUGCCUUUCCCCGCCUGCCAUGAGACGGUCACUUGGAUCGUGCUCAACCAGCCGGUGAUCGUCACAGAGACUCAGGUCGGUCGACACCACCAACCUGUUUUUACCCACUUAUUUAGUUAA